AUGAACCAAUCCACACGCGAGCCUACAGCUCCCUCCGACACCUCUUUCGCGCAACAACCACCUAAAAACUUCUCGAACCUUCCCGACCCCGAAGAUUUCUCUGCAUUCUUUACCUUUCCCGCGCACUCACCCCCGACCAUCCAUCCAAUGUCUAAGCGUGUAGAUAGACAAGAAAUCGAUCCUAACGCGAGCUUUCAACUUUCACAUAAUCAUCCAUCGACUACCGACACGUCUACUCUCAAGUCUGAGAUUCCUUCGCCAGCCAGCUCGCGAAAUAAGAGACGCGCCUCGGGGCCGGCGACGGCAACAAAUACUUCGGUUUUCAAUAUGCAGGCGGGUUCAUCUAUUGCAGGACCUUCUUCGGCGGGCUUAGAUGAUCCCAUUAUGGCCCCUUCGAUGGCACCACCUGCUAAAAAGAGUCGUACCAAUACUCCUUGGACACCUGCUGAAGAGCAGAGAUUGAAGAAUAUGAGGGAUGCAGGUAAUAGCUGGGCGGAUAUUGCAAAGACUUUCCCAGCAAGAACUGAAGGAAGUGUUAAGAAGCACUGGUACAAGGACAUGCAUUAUGCAGAAUUCGCGGAAGAUGAGAGUCAGGCUUUGCUCGCGGCCAUCAAGGAUUACGAGGCGAAUAAGUGGAAGGCUAUUGGACAAAAAGUUGGAAAACCCGCCAAGGCUUGCGAACAGUAUGCCAAAGAUAAUUUUGGCGGGAAAAUAUAA